AUGAAGACAAGCUGGCAAGCUCAGCCUCAACACCACCACCAACAACGGAUCCAGAGCAGUGGCAGAAAUGUUGGGUAUGAAAAUGGGAGUCUCUUCAGGCUGCAGAUUAUGAUGAAAAAGGGAUACCUCUUGGACAUUAUGAAGGAGGGUCUUUCCAUAAAAGUAAAAACUUUGAAAAAAGAAGGGGAUUUCCAAGAAACAAGGAGAGAAAACAUCCAAUUCAGGACCACCAUUCGAAAUGGCAUUCUUUCUAAAGAAAAGGACCAUCCUCCAGAGGAAUUCAAUGCUUACAAUCGUUUGCUAAGAGAGGGGAGGUUAGCUGAGUCUGUAGAUUUGCUUGAAAAUAUGGAAAGAAGAGGUUUGCUAGACAUGAGCAAGGUUUAUCAUGCGAAGUUUUUCAAACCCAUCAAGGAAGCUUUUCAUUUCUGCAAGCUGGUUCAAAUCCCAAGCUUGAGUACAUUUAACAUGCUUAUUUCUAUGUGUGCUAGUUCACAAGAUUCAGAGGGACAAGUUGCCAAGGCAUUCGGUUCUAAUGGGAUAAUGAGCUCUAAGAAUGUGAAGCCAGACCGAGUUGUCUUCAAUGGAGUCAUCGCUGCAUGCGGUCAAUCAGGAGCAUUGUAUUGUGCCUUUGGCGUAUCAGCAGAAAUGAUGGCUGAGGCACAGCCUAUUGAUCCUGAUCACAUCACUGUUGGCGCACUGUUAAAGGCUUGUGCAAAUGCUGGUCAGGUUGACCGAGCACAGGAAUUGUACAACAUGGUCCAUGAAUAUAACAUCAAGGGCACUCCAGAAGUUUAUACGAUAGCUGUUAAUGGUUGCAGCCAGACCAGUGAUUGGGAGUCUGCUUGCAGGGUGUAUGAUGACAAGGCAAGAAAAGGAGUGGUCCCCUCUGAGGCCAAAACCUGGCAGAAGGGACUAGAGCUAUAUGGGGAUAUAAAAUCCAUGAAACUAAAGCCAACAGUCACCUAUUUGGACUUGAUGUUAAAUGAUAUAAAUGGAUCAUCUGCCUAUGCAAAAUGCUUUGCUGUAAAAUGUGAAAAGACAUGGGGAUAUUUUGCUGCCGGUGAUGUGGAUCAACUUCCAAAGGCUCUUGAAGCUCUGUCAGAAAUGAAGAUAUGGGGCCUUUGCCCAAAUACCAUUACAUACUCUAUACUCUCAGUGGCAAGCAAGAGAAAGGAUGAUCUAGUAGUAGGCCACAUGCUUCUUUUUCAAGCCAUAAAAGAUUGUGCUGCUCCUACCCUCAUUAUGUGUAAAUGCAUAAUUGGACGUCCUGGCCUUACUGGUCUAUUGCGAAACAAUUGCAGCUGGUGUCACUGUUGUCAUCAAGAUGCUUUAAUAUCUGUUCUUUGGUGGAUGGAUUUGGAGAAUACGAUCCUCAGUGCUUUGUCAUUACUUGAGGAAGCUGCUUCUCUUGGAAUUAUUCCAUGUGUAUCCUUCAAAGAGAGUCCUAUUGUUGUUGAUGCUAAAAAGCUGCAAAUUCAUAUUGCCGAGAGCACAAUUCACAGGUUGCAAGUUUCUAAAUCUAAUGUCCUUUUUGCAUCAUGA